AUGCCAUCCGUUUCGAUUUUCAAGGCCAUCAAAGACAACAAUAUAGAUCUAGUAAAAUUCUUGAUUGGUUUGGGAACCAAAUCCAAUCAAUCGGCCAACGUUACAAAAGAAGAUCAACAAUGGCUGCGGAAUCAUUUAAAGACAACUGGGCAAAAACAGUAUAACCUUAACAAACGAUCGUCAAAAGGCAAGACCGCACUUCAUUAUGCAGUUCAAUGGAACAGAAUAUCUAUUGCCCAAUGUUUGAUUGAAUGUCCAAUGGUGAACAUCAAUCUACAAGAUCUUGAGAGUGGAUGGACAGCACUACACAGGCAAGAUUGGGAAGGAUUGAGUCCAUUCGAACUUUACAACCUGACAGUUAAAGACUCGUCGUAUCCUAACAUAAGCACACUGAAAGUUGAAACACCAGCUAGUAAACUCACGCAAUUGGAUGAUCUAUUGAAUUUAAAUUCACAUUAUCAGCUUCAACACCAAUACCAAUACCAAUAUCAACAGCAAAAUCAAAAUCAAAAUCAGAAUCAAAACCAGCAUGUGGUUGCGGGUGGCACAGACCUCUACACAUGGGGAAUCAAUACAAAUUAUGUGCUUGGGUUGCCCGACUCUGACAACAAGUCUCGGCCAGAACGUGUUCGCCUGGAUCUGGAGUCCCAGAGAAUCCCGGAAAUCACAAGCCGCCCACCGUAUCUGGUCAGAACGGUCGUGAUGUCGAAAUACCACACCGCAAUUCUGACCAGCGAACCGAGAAACAAUCUUUUGCUCUGUGGAUUCGGAAGAGGCGGAAGAUUGGGAACCGGAAAGGUAGUCGACACUCAAUUGACACCAAUUGCUGUCCAGUGGCCAGAGUAUAUUGUAGCAGUUGCACUAGGAAGAGAUCAUACAAUUGCGCUAUCAAAGAGUGGAAAUGUAAUCACAUUUGGAAACAAUCGUUUUGGACAAUUGGGCUAUGAGACGGAUGCUGGAAAAGAUGAGACCCCUAUGCAACUUGUACCACGAAAAAUCCAGGCUGCUAAUCUCAAACGGCUGCCAAUUAUUGGAGUAGCAGCUUCAAGUGUUCAUUCGGUUGUUUAUACUAGUAGUGAUAUAUACACUUUUGGGUAUAAUCAAGGCCAAUUAGGCUAUACAUAUCUUGGUGACGAUAUUUGCCAGACGACUCCCAAAAAGGUUACAUUUUCUGAAAAGAUUAUUCAAGUUGUAGUCACGGACAAUGCAACUGCAGUUUUGUUUUCCACAAACCAGGCUGUAUUACUUUUUAAUUAUGGCCAGCAAAAGUUAAUUCUUCCUUGGAAACGUUUUCCAUCCAAAAUGCAGGUCCACAAACCUGCCAGAAACCUUAUUUCAAAAUUAAUAACCAGUGGCGGAGGAGACUACAUGGGUGCGAUUUCAAACAUGGGUGAAGUGUUCAUCUGGACAUGCAAGUCAAAUGCAGCCACAACUCGGCGUCAGAACGAAGGGAGUGGCACCGGCACAGGAACCGGUACUGGAACUGGAACUGGUACAAGCGCUGGUAUUGGAACCGGUACUGGCACAAGCACUACUGGUUCAGGCACAAAUGCAGGCACAGGCACAGGAAUAGACACAAGCGCAAGUACAGGCACAGGCACAGGCACAGGCAUCGAUUUUGGUGCUCGGUCCAGAUCAACUAUCAUCACAACCAUGAGCUCUCCUCGGAUCGUCUGGGCUCCUCGUCUGGCCCACCUCGAGGCAAGACAGGCGAGCAUUGGACAGAAUGGCCAGGUGAUUGUGUGCACGGCCAUGGGAGAGGUGUAUAUCGGUGCUCCAAGCGGACCAAAUGAAAAUGGCGAGUACAGGUUCAACAAGAUCCCAUUUCUUCAACGCUGUAUCUAUGUGUCUGCAAACCCAAGUGGUGCCUUUGCUGCAAUCCGUGCAGAGUACAAGGCCAGCAAACAACAAGCCAUUAUACCUCAUGUCUCGGAUCACCUGGUUUCGGCACUACCGCACAAGGCUGUCGCGAAGAUGCUAGACGAACAAAUAAAGAAGUUUGACGCCCAAAAGCAGAGUGCGCUAGAAGAAUUAAGAAAUAAUCAAUUGGCUGGGGAGUAUGGGCAUGACAAAAAUAUCAAAAAUAAUCAUAGUCAUAAUCAUAAUCAUAGUAAUACCAAUACCAAUACCAAAACUAAAACUAAAAUUAAAAUUAAUAAUAAUCAUAACAAGCAUAAUAAGAACAAUAAGAACAAUAAUAUUAAUGAGGACGAGGACGAGGACGAGGAUGAAGUAAAGGAAAUGAAACAAAAGAUACACACCAGAUACAAUUUCCAGAUCGAGACAGCAGUGUCAGACGCGUGGAAGUCCGUGGAGAAUUUGUCAAGAGAUGAUGCUACGUUGGAUCUCGUGUUUGUUGUUCAGAAUAGGCGCAUCUACCUACACAAGUUCUUUCUUUCCAGUCGAUUGCGCUUUCUUAUUGGUGGUGGUAGCAGUAAUAAUCGCAGUGGCGGUGGCGAUGAUACCUAUAGCGGUGAUCUGGUCGAACCAAAGAUACCCCACUCUUCUUCAAUCUUUCAUCAAUUAUUAGCUGUGAUCAAUAAUCCAGAAAGAUCCGAGAUUCAUCUCGCCACCACUCACCUGGAAAGCUUUUUAUUAUUGGUCGAUUACCUGUACUCGGACAACUAUGCUCACCCGAUGAGCACUCUAUACAAAUCGCCUUUGUUGUGUCGUGCAAGUGACAUUCCUACAGCAACAGCAGCAGCAGCAGGAACGGCGACGGCGGCACCGUUUCUGGUGGUUCGGCCUUUGGAUGUACAAAAGGGCCUGAUAAACCUUGCGGAAGAACUUGAUUUGGCAAUCCUGCUCGACUCUGCCCAAUCGACAUUCAAUCACACGCCCCAGUCAUCGCUUCUGACAGAUUUAGAGCUCCUUUUGACCAACAAGGUUACCCAGGAUGUCCAGUUGAAUUUGAAAGAUGGGGAGGUCUUGUUCUGCCACGAACUAAUUGUUAGACAAAGGUGUCCGUUCUUUGAGGCCCUAUUCUGUCCUGGAUCUGUAUGGAUGGAGGAAAGAAGAGAAGCCAAUAGGACGAAUGCUGCCGUGGAUGGCAAUAAUGGCACUCCGGCGGGGAAUAAGCAGAGUUACCUGCCGGUUGAUCUGGGCCACGUCCCGGUAGAGGUCAUGGCAUCUGUUCUGGAAUACCUAUAUACCGGACACAAUGAAGUAGAAUUGUUUGGCAAGGUGGCAAAGAACACGGUUGAAGAGAUGGUCGAGUUCUUGAUGGAGGUGCUUUGUGUGGCCGAUGAAUUGCUCUUACCGGAUCUCAAGGCACUUUGCGAACGAUCAUUGAUCGAUUUCAUCAGUCUGAGGACAGCGGUGGUCUUACUCGAGAGAGCAGAUGCGUGUCUAGCGAAUCUAUUGAAGCAAGAAUGCCUUGGGUUUAUCGGAGCCAAUCUUUCGACGUUUAUCACUUGUGGUAUGCUGGAAUAUACAGAUAACAGAUUGGUCGGUUAUUUGGAGGAGCAUGUACAGAGCUGGCAAGCACAAGAAAGAAAGUUUUCAGGAAUCCAAAGGGAUUUGGCUCAAGUGGAUUCCAAAGAUAGGGAGAUGGAUGACCCGGAGUUCUCGACCUCACUCUAUGCCCUGUCACUGGAAGACAUGCCUAUUAUCAGCAGCCAGAGGGACAUUCUUGUGACAGUGUACCCAAAGAAGCCGGCUGUACCUGAUCAUAAUGAACCUAGUCGGGCAUCGCUGGCGAUCAAAGACAAGAAGCCAAAAGCAGCCCACGUGUCAUCCCAGAAGAAAGGGGGGGAGUCGAGGAAGAGAGGUGUUCGGUUGGAUCUUGGUGCGACUGAGAAUGAAAUCGAAGCGAUCGCCCGUAGUUUGACAAAAACGUCCCACUCUUUGACCUCGCGACAAGGAUGGGCCACGCCUGUGGUUGGCAUCCAGGCUGAGUCUUUGAAACCCUCAUUAAGAGAGAUUCUGGAACAAGAACCUCAGGCGAUUGAUCUGUCAAGUAGUGGCCAUAGUCCUCCAACCCAGGCAAAGUUGGUACAACCACAUCUCAAAAAGGUAUCCCAAAAGGAGAGACGUAGGUUACAGCAACAACAGCAAGAGAUGGCUGGAUCUGGAUCUGGAUCUGGAUUAAAGACUGGUGUUUGGGGAAAGAUUACGACUGAGAAACCUGAAUUGAUCAAAGCUACUGUACCAAAUAAUGUACCUGGUUUGAGUCUAAAUCCUGCGAUCAAUUUAGCACAAAAAUAUGUUCCUGAAGAGCUUGUCAAUGCUGAAACUAGUGCGAUAAGACGGCCGGUUGAGAAUGAUAUCAAGAUUGGUAGCAAUAGUGACAAGGUGGUCUCUGAUACGUUUGAGGCAGGCGGACUUGUGGAUGGAUUUGUGCUGACACCAAUUCGUCGUCGGAAUGCUUAUGGAGAUUUGAUGGCCUUGUGUUCAGAUGAUGUUGCAGAAACAGGAUCAUUUGAGAAGAUUCUUAGACAACAGGCGCUUGAUAAGAUGCGGAAGGACAGACGGCCAAAGAAAAGUCUAGUCCGUAUUCAGACCGAAGAGCGAGCCGUAGAGGGAUUACGGGAAUUUUAUGUCCAGACAAUUGAAGUCGAGAGUGGCGAAUGGUUUGAGGUUAAUAGAGUUGGACAAUAG